UCUUUACGUGCUUAAGUGCAGAAGGCCACAAUUAACUAUAUACGAACUUCCAGUUAGCACCGGAAGUCAGGUUAUUUUAAUUUAAACAUUUUCUCCCGAACGGAAUUAGAUAGAUGACCGGCAUGACUGUUGUUUUCAGGAAGAGUAUGAUGCACAGGGGAAAACUAUUAAAAUAGAGACUAUUAUUAAAUAUAUUUCAUUUCAUUUCAUUAUAUUUAUUCAAUAUAAGUUAUUUAUAACAACAUGUUUUUACCAAUCAUUAUUAACAAAUAAAAAUCAAAAACCAUUCUUUAUAAAUUCUAACAAUCACAAAUGGAUCUCUGUCAUCUAAUAGAAAAUGAAUCAAAGCGAUUUAAAGAAAAAAAAGGUUUUUUAAGUAAUUGGUUUGAUCAAAGAUUCAAGAAAUGCACAACCAAUAUAACUAAGAUGCUUUCCAUAAAAGACAUAAAGAAAAUCUUUGCAAAAAACAAAGAAAAACCACAUGAAACUACACAACUCUGGCGCAAUAUAACAUCCGAAGAAGAAAGAGAUGGAUCAUCCAACAAGUGGUAUAGAUUCAAAAGCGUUAACGUUUCUCUUGAAUCUGGAGAUAGUCAACAGAAUCAAUGCGAUAGUAGUGGUUAUGAAAUCCUAGAAGCGAAAUCCAUGGGUGAUGCAAAAAACUUGGAAGAUGCUUCAACUAUUGUGAUGACAGAAUCUCAAUCAUCGUGCUCAUCUAGUGUCAUAACUGUGAUUGAAAUGAUUGAAAAUAAUUCUGAGGACAAUGUUGAGAAUUGGAAGGAACCGGAAAGCGUUUCUAUACUAGAAGAACAGGAAAUUAACAACAGGGAAAUGAUGUAUAUACCCAUAAGCAAUAUCGAAAUAGAAGUUCCGAUCGAAGCGAAAUAUUUUUAUUUGGAUCCAGCUCAGAUUUGUUCCACUAAAGAAAACUAUGAAGAAUUAAUUACGAAUAUUUUGAAAGUUGGCGAACAAGAAAUAAAGACCAAUUUUCGACAAGACACAGCAAAAUCUGAUGGUACAAUCAGAUCUCCCAACAUUAUGGAAAUCAAUCAACAAAUUUUGGAGAUUUCUAAUGAAACUGAAGAAAAAUGUCUUCUUGAUCAGCCUGAUUAUAGUUUUCCAGUACUAAGUUCUGAAAAUACUGAUUCCAGUGACUGGAAAAUCAAAUCAUUCACUGAAGUGAGAUGUGUACAAUCUUCUGAAGAAAAUGACCAAUUGGAAUUUAGUGAAGAAAGUAAUUACGAAGAUUCCACAAUUGAUUUACAAUCGGCAGAAAAAUCACUUUCAAAAUCUUUGCAAUUUCCAGUUCUUUCUCAAAAUCAAGAAAUUCAAUCUAGAGAACCGAUAGCAAUUUUGGAGAAUAGCCAAUCUUCUUCGGAAGAAUGGUUGUCUGCUCAAUCUAAAUCGAGCAGCGAAUCAAAUUGCGAAAGCAAAGAAUAUCCAACAUUUGGACGAACAGAAAGAGCAAAUUCCGAUACCUGUCAAGUAACUCUCCACAAAAAUAAUAGUUUUACUUUGGGUUUUGACAUGUACGAAAAUCUUGGCGAAGUUCGAAUAACCGAGAGGUUAACUAUGAUUCAUCCGAAGGAUGAAGCCACAAGAAAUUUGUCACAUGAGAAUAAAGAAGAGGAAGAAGAAUCUUCGAAGAGAGUAAAUGAAGCAAAAUAUGUGGAAUCCACAACAGAAAUAUUCUACGAUGCAACCAGUCCAGACUAAUUCAAUCCUUCCAAAUUGACGAAAUUUAUAAAAUACACUUUUAAUAAUUUUAAUAAAUUAUUUAAUUGUAGCUGAAUAUAUCUUUUUCAAUAAUCUAUCGUUAAAUUUUUUUACCGAAACUUGACGUCAAAAAUAUCGAAUUAACAACACAUUAAAAAAGCAUUUUAUGUAUUCGAAGCCCAGGUAAACACUUCUAAUUAUCUAACGAUUUAUAUUUGAUGGAGAU